CCCCGCCCCUGCACUGCGCGGAGCGCCGGAGCCGGAGCCCCCGGGGAGAGCGGCGCGGCUGCGGGCACUCGCGGCGGGAGGGGCGGCGGCGGCGGUCGGAGCGACGUCAGGAGGCUAGCGGAGCCGCCAUGGCCGAGUUUCCGUCGAAAGUGAGCACGCGGACCAGCAGCCCCGCGCAGGGCGCCGGCACUUCGGUCUCCGCGCUGCGCCCGGACCUGGGCUUCGUGCGCUCCAGCCUCGGUGCGCUCAUGCUGCUGCAGCUGGUGCUGGGGCUGCUGGUGUGGGCCCUGAUUGCCGAUACCCCGUACCACCUGUACCCAGCCUACGGCUGGGUCAUGUUCGUUGCUGUCUUCCUCUGGCUGGUGACAAUUGUCUUCUUCAUCCUCUACCUGUUUCAGCUGCACAUGAAGUUGUACAUGGUGCCCUGGCCACUGGUGUUAAUGAUAUUUAACGUGGGCGCCACCGUUCUCUACAUCACGGCCUUCAUCACCUGCUCUGCCGCCGUCGAGCUGACGUCCCUGAAGGGCACCCGGCCGUAUAACCAGCGUGCGGCUGCCUCUUUCUUUGCAUGUUUAGUGAUGAUUGCCUACGGAGUGAGCGCUUUCUUCAGCUUCCAGGCCUGGCGGGGCGUGGGCAGCAACGCAGCCACCAGUCAGAUGGCUGGCGGCUACGCCUAG